AUGAGUAGUGCGACUUACAACUACUGGAACAACCAGUACCAGUGCUGGAAUCAAAUGUACAACGACCAUCAGCAGCAUCCUUCGUUUGCUGCUGGUGCUUACAUGCCGGAAGUGAAGGAGGAGGCCUACGCUAAUUGUAGGUACGACCAACCCUUUUCGCCGCAAAUCGACAGUUCGUUAACUCCACCGCCGGUGAAGACGAAUCAGGCGUACAGCUACAACAACUUUUACCCGGACCAGAGUGUUCCAUCGCCAACGUCAACGUCUCCAGUGAAAGACGAUUCGCCGGCAUUGCGGGCUCUGUUGACGAAGCCGGAGGGCAAGAAAAUCACAUACGAUUAUUAUAAUUUGCACAAGACCAUUUAUCAGAAACCCUGUUUUGAUAAUAAUCAGUUUAACAACGGCGAGGUCAAUCAAGAUGAUGAAUUCUCCGGUGAAAGGCGAACCUUAUCUCCAGCCAAGGAGUGCGGCAAAGAAGAGCAACAAUCUGCUGAAUUGGCGGAUGUGCAGGCCAAUUACUAUCCGUGGAUGAGGAGUAAUGGCGAAAAGUCCAGCCAGGGCAGUAAACGCACCCGCCAAACCUACACCAGAUACCAAACCCUCGAACUAGAAAAGGAAUUCCACUACAACAAAUACCUGACACGAAGACGCCGAGUGGAGAUCUCCCACACGCUCUGUCUGACCGAACGCCAAAUCAAAAUCUGGUUCCAGAAUCGGCGGAUGAAGGCGAAGAAGGACACCAAAUUCGCCGCCGAUUAUCCCGCGACCGACGACGUGAACAUGAACCAGAACCCGGUUUAUUCGAACAUCUAUCCGAAACCGUUUUAUAACGGGACGACAGAAACGGACAAUCGGGAGAUUUCAACAGUAGAUUCGACGAGGAACGCUUUCGACAAUCUGAACGUGCCGAUGCCGUUGACUCAGCUGGGAAAUAUUCCAGGACCUCCUAUUUCGCCGUCGCAAAUCAAUCAAUAAUUAUUAAAUUGGAUAGAUAGAGCACAUAUCAAAACUAUACGUAGAAACAACUAUUUAUUUAUCGUGCCAAAGUUUUAUAUAUAUAUAAAUAAGUUAAUAAUUUAAUGUACUCGACUGUCAUCAACUAUUAAUAAUAAUAAUAAUAAUUAGGAUAUGUAUUAAACGACUGUGAAUAUGAUUAAUGUUACCUAAU